GUCCGGGACACAGUGACGGAUUGGCAACAAACGAAGAAAACUUGGGUGCGCGUGCGCUUGUCAUCCACUAUUUAUGGUUCAAACUUCGAGGGGAAUGUGGUUGCGUUUGAAGCCGAAGCAUACGCUAUUCUAGGCGAAGAAGCUAGCUCCGCUCAUCAGACCUUUCCGGCAACUGCUUCAUCCGUCUGCCUCAUCAACACAAGAGCGGAAAACUGAAUUGGAUGACCCUUCUAAAGUGGAGUCACUAAAACCAGAGGCCUCAUCAUCACUCAUCCGUUCCCCACAUCCUGAGAGUCUUCGAAAGGACACAAAUUUAAACUUUGCCGGGGAUUUCCAGGUGUUGUGACGGCCGUUUCUUUCACCCAGCGGCCUGCUGCGGACCCCUGGGUGUGCUCUGUUGCCAUGGCUACCAACAGGGAACAGCAGGUGGGUCACAUGACCGGCUUCCCACCUGCUGUCUACCCGUUCGCCUUCAACUCCAUGAGAAGCCACUCCCCUUUCGACCUGCUGGCCAACAGCAGCCUGUUUGGAAGAUUUGGUGCUGACCUGCCCAAAGAGAUGGCCGCUCUCUCGGUGGAGACCCAGAGCACCAGCUCAGAGGAGAUGGUACCCAGUUCUCCGUCUCCACCUCCUCCACCUCGUGUCUACAAGCCCUGCUUUGUGUGCCAGGACAAGUCCUCAGGGUACCACUACGGGGUCAGCUCCUGUGAGGGCUGCAAGGGUUUCUUCCGCAGAAGUAUCCAGAAGAACAUGGUGUACACCUGCCACCGAGACAAGAACUGUCAGAUUAACAAGGUCACACGCAACCGCUGCCAGUACUGCAGGCUGCAAAAGUGCUUUGAGGUCGGCAUGUCGAAGGAAGCGGUGCGCAAUGACAGAAACAAGAAGAAGAAGGAUGUGAAGGAGGAGUUGGUGCUUCCAGAGAGCUAUGAGCUAAGUGGAGAGUUAGAGGAGUUGGUCAAUAAAGUCAGCAAAGCUCACCAAGAAACCUUCCCGUCACUUGGCCAAUUGGGCAAAUACACCACCAACUCCAGCUCAGACCACCGUGUCCAGCUGGAUCUGGGUUUAUGGGACAAGUUCAGUGAGCUCUCCACCAAAUGCAUCAUCAAGAUUGUGGAAUUCGCCAAGCGGCUGCCGGGUUUCACCACCCUCACCAUCGCUGACCAGAUCACUCUACUUAAGUCGGCCUGCCUGGACAUACUGAUGCUGAGGAUCUGCACACGCUACACUCCAGAACAGGACACUAUGACUUUCUCAGAUGGCCUGACUCUGAACCGGACUCAGAUGCACAACGCCGGCUUUGGACCACUCACAGACCUGGUGUUUGCCUUUGCUGGCCAGCUUCUACCCCUGGAGAUGGACGACACAGAAACCGGCCUCCUCAGCGCCAUCUGCCUCAUCUGUGGAGACCGUAUGGAUCUAGAGGAGCCCCAGAAAGUGGAUAAGCUGCAAGAGCCUCUUCUUGAGGCUCUAAAAAUAUAUGCACGCCGCCGUCGCCCCAACAAACCUCACAUGUUCCCCCGCAUGCUGAUGAAGAUCACUGACCUCAGGGGUAUCAGCACUAAAGGUGCGGAGAGAGCCAUUACUCUGAAGAUGGAGAUCCCAGGGCCAAUGCCCCCUUUGAUCAGGGAGAUGCUGGAGAACCCAGAGGCCUUUGAAGACCAAACAGAGGGCAGCGAGAGCCCGCCGCCACCUCCACCACCACCUCCACCUCCACCACCAGCCCAGGUCAAGCAGGAGGCUGAGGACGAGGACGACAGCUGGGCCACAGAGAACGGCAGUGAACCAUCGCCGGAGGAGGACGAAGACGACGAUGAGGACGUGGGGGAUGAAGAUCGGGAUAGGGGCUCGGACAGUGAUGGGGAGCCCUGGGGGGUUCUGGAUGCCAUAGAUGGGUCGAGGAAAGGCCUUGUUGGGAGGGCGCAGUGAACAGAGCAUUUCGUACAUACACACACUCAUGCACAUACAGGUUCACACACACAAAACACACACACACACACACACACACACACACAUACAUAGAGACUUACAACACAACCUCACUCACUCACCCACCUCAACAAAAUGCUGGCCUUCCCUCCCCCCUUUCGCUCUCCUUACUGCACAUCACUGUGUCCUCCACUGCGGAGCACAGCAGAGCCUUAUGAGACACUUCUAACUCAGGCCACAUGGUCCAUGACAAGUGAACUACAGAACAUUAAAGUAAAGGAGAGAUGACAGUAGACCAUAUGAAUUCCUGGCAUAGCCAAGAGGGAAGUUAACCUGACAAAAAGAACAGAAACUCUUUGAGAAAGAUAAACGUCAUUUUUUUCCCCACUAUUGUUGUUUAUAUCUAAAUAGGGGAAAGGCCAAAUCAGACACCAGACCUGAGCAGUUGACUUGAUGGAUUACAACAAGCACAUUUCUCAAAAGACAACAAGAGUACAGGGCAAAACCAAAUUGAGUAUGCUAAUCUUUUGUUUUUGUGGUUAUUGCUUUUGAAUAUUGUUUUCCGUUUUACUUUACUUUCUUUUUUUCCUUCAAUUUAUGAAUAAGUCCAUACAUAUCUAUAUACCAUUAUAUUUUUGUCUUUAUUUGUUAUUCUGGUUUUAUAUAUGAAUCCUUUUAGAUGAGUAUUUUCUUUAGGAAGAGCUUUCCUGAGAAGAUAUUCUGAGGAAAAGAAGGGUAAUCAGAACUGGCUGGGUCUUCCUUAUCAGCUACAUAUGCUUAGCUGGGGCUUUUUUGGACACUUUGGCUCACUGAGGAUGUCAAUGAUAAUCAACCCAGAACACUAUUGUUAUGUUGCAGUGACUUAAUCAGUUUCUGUUAUCAGGGAAUUGGCAUUAUUCUAUUUUGCUCUCGUUGUAGCCAACUAAAGCUGUCAAUGUGGAAAGUAAGUAUCUUUGUGCCAAAGUUAGGACAGUCAUCUUUGGAGCAUGAGUUUGACUACUGGCAGGGACUCCAGCCAUGAUCCAGCACUCACUCACACAUGCACUAACACACCCUCGGUCUCACAAACACACACACACACAAACACAAACAAACAGACUCAUACACACACUCCGUUCACUCUACCCUCAGCUGUAGGAGACGUGCCAACCUGGCAUCGACAGCCUGCCCAGACAGAGAUUUACACUUGACCGUAUAUGUAGCACUUUUGCGAUCCUCUAUUCAAGGAAGGCACAUCUCGUCCGCUGAGAGUAGAGUUACUGUCUGUGAGCUUAUAUCUCAUCCAGCAUGUCCAAACUGAUGACAACAUCAACAUAUAGAAUACAAUCAACCUUAGAGCACUCCCUGAUGAUGUCAGUAGACAAAUGCACACUUUCAGCAUGGACAAAAAUAUCCACACACAGUAGCAACAUCAUGCUUCAACACAACAAUCAAAGACAUAUGCAAGUCGAAAGCAGGAAUCUCUAUGGAAAACAUUUUGGAAUCAGACUCAGGGCUUUUCAGUAAGGACCAAACCCUAGCUGCUGUCAGGCAUGCUAGAAACAGGCAAUAUUUAUGUGUGUAUUCUUGACUCCGUUUUGAUCAGCUCAACCCCUCUACGUGUACACAGAAGGUGACAAGUCUGAGAAACAGCAUGGAUGCCAGUCUGACUCUUCCAGAGGGGGACAAAUCAUCGUCGUCACCAACACUGCCUCGCCUGUGCUCGCGCUGGCAUCCUUGCAUCACACCGCCUUCUCAUCCCAAAAGCCAUUAUAUAAUUUUGCCUUCUUGUGUAUAUCCUCACUUCCCUUUAAAGGAGCUGUGGAGGAUUAUGUGUUCUCAUGUAUCAUUUCUUUAUUGCCAAAAUGUCUCAAUAGGCGAUCAGCUGGGAGAGCGCGGCUGAAAUACAGUACAAAUGUUUUUUUCUGUCUCUCUUUGAAGCAAUAUGAACAUUCUUUUUCUGUAGCGGUGAGAGGCCCCAUUUUCUGAAUAUGGACAGGUCUCAUCAGUGUGCAUGUGUGUGUGCGUUGUGUGUGUGUGUGUGUGUGUGUGUGUGUGUGUGCGUGCGCAUGUGUGUGUGUGUGUGUGUGUGUGUGUGUGAAUGCUUUAACAUGUUUUGAGUCAUUGGGUGAAUGUCCUCAGCACGGUGCUGUCACACAAAAACUGUGUGAUGACCCCAUCCCUUCUCUCUCUCUGCUGGCUUGUCAUGAUGUCAGUGAUGGUAAUGCAGGCAGAACAUUGAGAUUAGGUCGUUUCAUGUUUUCAUUUUUAAACAUGGCCAAGGUGUUGUCUAUCUUCUGUUUAUGUCAACUCUUGUCAUACAAAGAAAAGCCAUAUAAACAGUAAGAGGCACAAUAAACUACUUUUGUGAGAUUA